AUGACGCUGAAGGGUGACGAGGUGCUGAUACCUGAGGCAGCUGAACCAGCAAGGCGCAGUUUAGCGAGAAGGGGACGCGCCCGGGGGCAUCGGAGGAAGCCACACAUCGAUGCGGCGCCUUCUCUUUCCAUGUGCAAGCGAGAGCCUUGCAGGAAACCAAAGAGGAUUCAUCAACAAUUGAACACUUACUUCAAGUUUUUCAUCGUGAGGGAUCCGUUUGAGCGUCUGAUCUCUGCAUUCAAGGACAAGUUCAUUGUGAACCUUCAUUUUGAGCCUUGGUAUAAGCACGACAUCGCUCCCGCCAUCAUCCGCAAGUACCGCAAAAGUAAUCGUGACGGAGAUCUCGUCGCAUCCGGCUUGCACUUUGAGGACUUUGUCCAUUACCUGGGGGAUGUGGAGAGCCAUAGCCCCAUGGACUGUCAGUUCGGCGAGCACAUCAUCCACUGGGAGCUGUGCGCCCCGUGUGACAUCCCAUAUGAUGUCAUAGGCCACCAUGAGACACUGGAGCGAAAUGCCGCCCACAUCCUGAGUAGAGCCGGCAUCGGACAUCUGGUGUCAUACCUGUUCGUCCCUGUUGGCAUCAUGCGCUACAACAAGACCAAGGUGGAACGCUACUUCACAGGUGUCAGCAAACGGGACAUCAGGCGCCUCUAUGAGCGCUAUCAGGAGGACUUUCACUUAUUUGGGUACCAGUCACCUGACUUUCUACUCAACUGAUAUUCUCACUCAAAGGGCAUGCCCCAGUAUUUGAGAAGCACUGUCAAGGGCGGCACUGUGAUCUAG